CUUCCCUCUCAUCCUCUCGACCUCGCUUCCUCCCUCCCACCGUGCCCUGCCUUUUCCUCACGACCUCGCCGCUGAUUGCGGUCCCCCAUGGAACCGUCGUCCUCUCAAUCCGUCCGCCGCUCCAUCGUCUUCCUGUAUUUGUGCUGCUGAUAUGUGUAACUUGUGUUUCUCCAGGUGAAGGCGGCCGAGCACGCGGCCGAGAUGGAGGCGACGGUGGUCGUCGCGGCUGCCGUGGAGGCCGAGGAGGAGGAGGCUGCUGCUGCUGCGGCUUCGACGCCGCAGCGGUCUGGGAGGAAACGGCCCCGCGCGAUUGGGAGUGGGCGGUACCGCUCGGUGUCCAGGUGUUUCUCCCAAUCUCCCCUGCUUUCCUCAUCCUGCUGCCGCUUUUGCUUUUAAUCGCUGUGACAGCAUAGCACCCGCCUCGUCUCGCUGCCGGCUGCCGCUGGUGAUCCUGCUCCCUGUGGCAUUGGCCCUAGCCAGCAGGCAGGCAGUCGGCCAGGGACGGAUGGACGGAGACGACGGAUGGAAGCCGCAGCCACUAGCCAGCCACACCGCAGACCGCGCACGCAAGAGAAAGAAGCGGUGUUUGCAUGGACUGGGAUUGCCGACUUGACUGCGGAUUGACGGGGACAGGUGGGAGCCAGAACCGCCCGAGGACCCUCUUCUCCUCGGCCAAGAGACCCACACCGCAACUGGAACCCUCUUCUCCUCAUCCGACGACAGUGGUGGCCACUGCUCCGGCCAGGCAUAGCAUAGGCAGCCUGGUUACACAAACCAAAAAAGGUAUCCCAUACCCACGCUACUGCCUACACCUACGAAACCUGCUUAUCCUGCUGCAAUUUCUGCUAAAUUCGUGGCUAAAUUCAAAGAAUGGUAGUGUGAAGUGGAAUCAAAAUGGGAACUGGGUGCAGACUGCCUCAAAGGAUCAGAUUAUUAAGGUCCGUGGCUUGUGCUUUUUAUUUUUCUAUCUUCUUCAAAGAAUUUUCGGAUUACAGUGUGCACUCUAUAACCAGAAUUCUAUACUAUCUAUGGAGAUGGCCUAAUCCAUCCUAUAACCAGGAUCGAUAAGUUUGUUUUUUGAUGCCAGUAAAUUAUUGAUUUUGGUCCAUUUGCUAAUUCAUUUUGCAACUGUAUGACAUUAGAUCCAUGAAAGAGCAGCAAUCCUUCUGAGGGGACGUCGCUGGUUAGAUAGUUAUUACAGUAUCAAGAUUUUUAUAUGUUCCUUUACAUAUUUUAAGGUUCACAAAUUGAUACUGGUUUUAUAUGUAGCAGUUCAUUGUUCACUGUAACCAUACAUGUAAACCAUAAGCAAAUGUGAUGUAGGAGAUUGUUAUAUAAAGAGACUUUUGCAGCC